AAAAUAUGUUAGCUUUUGAUCAAAGUUUAGUUUAUAUGGAUGUUGUCAGCUACGAUGCCUGGUGGACGUCGGAUACUAUCCAGAAUACAAUCAUCAUCUUUUUCUAAUAAUACACACAAAACUGGAAACGGAAGUAGUAUAGAGGAGAGAGAUACCAAUAUGAUUCCCUUAGCAUCAAUGGUGGUGCUACCAAAGCAUUCACAUUUGCCAGAGAUCCCUGGAGACAGCAACAUUUCAUUUGAGGCUAUGUUGUACAUGUUUGGUGUGAUUGUCAUGGGACUUCAGUAUAUUAACCUGUACAAGACUGUCUGGUGGCUUCCUCACAGCCAUGCGAAUUAUGCCCUUAAUUUCUACCUAAUUGAUCCAUACCUGGUGCUGUUUUUGUGUGCCCUUAUGAGUAGGAGACUGGUUUGGUGUUUUGUUCAAGAGGUUUUUGGACCAAGGUCCAGUAAAAGUGUUUUAUUUUGGCUGGUGCAGUUACUGAAGAUUGUCCUGAUGUUUCUUGUGACUAUUUUCUUAAUAUAUACAGCGUAUAACGUCAUAGUGAAACAUUCACUUUUCUACUGUCUAUUUCUUUGUUGUCCAAUUGUAACAUAUGUGUUGUUGUUUGGGCCCUCCAUUAAACCAUUGUAUCAUAAGUCUUUGGUAUGGCCAGUACCAGUUCAGGACAAAACAAGCUCAUUGAAAAAUAAGGGCCGAGAUACCCUGGAGGCAGAAGCCCUUCUCACACAUAGCUGUGUCCUCACCCCAGAUGUCAUCAGGUCGGAAGUAGAAACCUUCAAAAACGACUUCAAUGGCAGAAUUAAACAAGUUUUAUUCAACUCCUUAUUAACAGCAUACUACAUGACAUUUGUGCCCCUCUGUUUUGCCCAGAACACCCUAUACUACGACACCUGGUGGGUAGGACAACACGUCUGUAUGACAUGGCUUAGCGUAUUCCUUAUGUUGAUUGUACACUUCCUUCCCCCUAAAUACCUGGACCUGCUCCAUAAAUCUGCUCUACACCUCGGACGCUGGCAGAAGGUCGAAGGCAGACAUGCACAUGUGCCUUACAAUGCGUGGUCUGAGCUGACCGUUUGGCCACAAGGUGCCCUUGUAAAACAUGUGCGUGGUUUAUUUAAGGCUGAGGGUAUAAAUGUGACAGCUGAACCAGGAAAUACAAUGCAUGGUCGAUUUUAUUUUUUAUUCCACCAGCCAAUGCGUGUGGUGAACUGGCUACUGGUACUCACCUGGCUUCUAGUUGGAUACCAGUUCUUUUGUCUCAUACAGAGCACAGAGUGGAAUCAUAUAGUCUCCAUAGCGCUUGUUCUCUUCUGUAAUUACUACACCUUAUUCAAGCUUCUGCGGGACAGAAUUAUACUUUCUAAAACAUACCGUGAGGAGAACAGUUCAGAACAGUUUUAAAAUUUAUUGUAUAUACUUUAUCAGCAAACCGUGAGUGAUUACUGAUAUAAUACAUUUACACGAUAUGGAACCAGAUCAUCUGGCCUUGGACUAUACAAGUACUGCUCAUUGAAUCCAAGUGCAUAACAUCAAAAACAAAAUUAUUUCACUGAUUUUGAAGGAGGAUGUUUAUAAUGAAAAUGAUAUUCUCAUUUUUAAAAUGUUUCAUUCAUAAAACAGAAAUAGACUAGCAAAAGAGCAAAACAUGAGAAAAUCCAUGAUUUUAUAAUACAAAGAGUUAGUAGUCAUGGUCAAUGCAAAGUUUUACCAAAUGUGAUGUAUUGUUGGAGUUUUAGGCAGAUACAUACCAAAACAUUCAAAAUUUCAGCCUUAAGCAAGUCUGUUUUUCUUAAGUACAAUUUUGUCGUAUGAGACGAUGAUUAAAAAUCAAAGAACAGAUAAAAUAUUUUAAGUUUGAAUCAUUUUGAAAUCCAUGCUUGGUUUCGUUUUUAUGCUAUAGUUAUUUAUACCGAGAUAGAAAAAAAGAUGUUGUUUGGACCAAUGAUUGUCAAGCUUAUAAGAUCAGCACUGACCAUAAUUAUGUUCAUUUUAUGCAGUGCAUGAGAAAGGUUACCUUUAAAAAUAUCUUAUUUACUGUAUUGGCAAAAGAGAGUACACAGAAAAAAACUGUGUUUUGAUUAAAGCAGAUUUCUGUGAUAAGUUCGUAGUUUGGGUUGAUACGUUUAUUUUACUUCUGUGAUAAUUUAUUGCUUUAAAUGACAAUUCCGUUGAUUUCUUCUCCCAUAAGUUGGUCUAGACAUACAUAUCUUAAUCACUGUAGGUUGGAAAGUGUUAUCCAUGGUAAGCUUGCAUAAUUGUUCUUACAAACAUGAUAUGAUCAGUAUAAAGGCUUGAACAAUCUUGGUACAUGAAUGUUAUGGAGAUGUUUGGUCUUAUAUAUGUCAGUGUUUUAUGGAAGAUUUACCUACAGUUAUACAUGCUGAGCAUGCCAGUAAAACAUUGUAUAUUUUAUGUUGUAAUAAAGCCAUUUUGCCACAA